CGGUGCACCCCUCCUUAGGCGACCUGGUGGUCCCGAGCUCCCCCGGGAGCACCAUAUCGAUACCGAACUUAGCGCGGACACCCGCUCGACAUAGUCCGCUGCAGCUCAGAACCCCCGAGCUCACACGAUCCGCCAGCCUCAGCCUCCCGGUAGCUUGGAUUACAGAGUGCCUUGGAAGUAUACAAGGAGAUGGUGCUCAUCUACCUGGAGAAGGGCCGGCAGCAAGUGAACUCGUACUGCAGGGACUUUGAGCCAUGGCAGAUCAUUGGAGUGACGCUUUUCACCACACUGGCAGCAAUAUGGCUGAAAGGAUUUCUCUUCCAACAAGAAAGUCUCCUUUCCAGAAUGAAGAAGCAAUGCUUUCGACUCAUCAGAAAAAUACCCUUUGUCGGCGGGGCGAUCCAGAGCCAACUGAACAAGGCAUUGGACGACAUGUCUGCCAGUCUGUGCACUCUGAAGAACGGCAUGAGUUACACUCAAAAGCUGCCCUCAAAAGGCCUCUCGCAGAGCCAAGUGCUGGACAAAAUCAGCGAGUACCAAACUCUGAAUGAGGUGCAGUGGCAGAACGGCUGUGUUUCAGGCGCAGUGUACUGGGGUGAUGAAGCGCUGACAAAACUCCUGGUGAAGGUGUAUGGCGAUUUUGCCUGGAGCAACCCACUUCAUCCAGACAUCUUUCCCGGUGUAAGAAAGAUGGAGGCAGAGGUCGUCAGAAUGGCUUGCACACUUUUCCACGGUGGACCCAACUCAUGUGGCACAGUGACUUCCGGAGGAACAGAGAGCAUACUGAUGGCUUGCAAGGCGUACAGAGACAUGGCAUAUGAACGAGGUGUCAAAUACCCAGAAAUUCUCGCCCCAGUGAGCGUCCACGCGGCUUUCGACAAAGCGGCGCAUUACUUUGGGAUGAAGCUUGUUCACAUUCCCCUCAAUAAGAAAACAAUGCAGGUUGACGUAAAGGCGAUGAAGAGAGCGAUCAACAAGAACACAGCUAUGCUUGUUUGCUCAGCCCCACAGUUUCCACACGGGAUUAUAGACCCCAUCGAAGAUGUUGCCAAGCUGGCUGUGCGCAACCACCUGCCGCUGCAUGUGGAUGCCUGUCUGGGCGGUUUUCUGAUCGUCUUUAUGGCCAAGGCUGGCUACGCCCUCGCACCAUUUGACUUCAGGGUAAAAGGUGUAACCAGCAUUUCUGCAGACACUCAUAAGUACGGCUACGCCCCCAAAGGUUCCUCAGUGAUUCUCUACAGUGAUAAAAAGUACCGUCACUAUCAGUACUUUGUGGCUCCAGACUGGCAGGGCGGAAUCUACGCCUCGCCCUCCAUCGCAGGCUCCAGGCCCGGAGGAAUUGUCGCGGCCUGCUGGGCGACCAUGAUGCACAUGGGACAGAAUGGAUACGUGGACGCUACUCGGAAGAUCAUCAGUGUAGCACGCAGAAUCAAAACGGAGGUUCGAAAAAUUCAAGGCGUGUUUGUGUUCGGCGAUCCCGAAGUUUCAGUGGUGGCGAUGGGCUCGAAUGAUUUUGAUAUUUUCCGUCUGUCGAACGCACUGACGUCAAAGGGCUGGAAUCUGAACACACUUCAGUAUCCAUCUAGCAUCCACAUUUGUUGCACAGUUCUGCACACCCAGCCGGGUGUCGUGGAACGCUUUUUGAGUGAUGUCAGAGAACAAGUUGCCAUCAUUAUGAAGAACCCCAAAGAGAAAACCACAGGAAUGGGAGCAAUCUAUGGCAUGGCGCAGUCCAUCCCAGACAGAUCCAUGGUAACGGAGAUCUCCCAAGGCUUCCUGGACUGUCUUUACAGCACCGAGGUGACCAAGUCCAAUACCAGCCACAUGAACGGUAACGGCAAAGCCCACUGAAAAAGGAUCAGGGUUGUUUUGAACUCGCUGCACACGGGAAAUUUGCUCAUCUCCUCCCAGCGCUCUGAGUUCAUGGCUGAAAGGUUGCCUUAUCCUGCAUCACUGCAUGGAAAAUGGCUGCAGAGGUUUUUUCGGGUUUUUAUUUUAAGCACAAGACGACCCCCGGAGGUAAUUUACCUAAAGACUGUCUCUGCUAGAUGAGUUUUGGUGUUCACAUCGAUGUAAAUAAUGUAGUGAAUGUGAUUGUUUCAUGAGAUUCAUUUCAAUAUUCACCAAUCGGCAUAGCAAAGUCGGACCAUUUCAGCUGCUGUCAGUUUCACAAUCUUUGAUGACUCAGCAAAAAAAACAGACCACUGAGCGCUUGUCGCUGUACUGCGCUUGUGAAACGGGAUGUAACUGCAUGAGACCGGUUCUACAUAUCAUGCAUGACAACUGUUCUCUAAUCACGUUUUUAAUGUAAAAGCACUGCAACGGCCUGGGCAGGAUCACAUCAGGUUCCUUUUUAAACCACGUGGUAGUACCACUCGGUCAUCCUGUACACUUACGUGCUGAUUUGAUCGCACUUAAUGUAAUUAUUUUCAAUUGAGCCGCAGUUGUACAUUUGCAGUCGGACUUCAAAUAUGGGAGCGUUUUAUAUCACACGAUGUCCGGGGAGCAAAUGCUUAAAGUCAAACAGCUAGUGUAACCCAAAGCUUAGCAGCUGUACUGGUUGUCUAACCCUUUUCAUAACAACCCGGUAAAUCACAUGUCAGAUCAUUGAAGCGAUUGUAGCUGUUUGCCUAACAGUAUGUGCUCAAGUGUGUGGCUCUUGUUUGUCAAGUCACCCAUGUUUUGAUAUUUGUGUCCUAAAUCAAUCUACCUCACUUUGCACUUCUACUUUUGGUGCAAACCUACCAAUCAACUGUUAACUUUUCUUUCCAAAAGUUGCACCUAUUUAACUUUUAACACUGUCAGGGCAUUUUGAGUUAUCUUUUAUUG